AUGAUUAAUAUUCUUUUUUUCUUUCUUUCUUUCUUUCUUCUGAAGCUUUUCAAGGUUCUUUCUGCUGACAUCAUUGCUUCUUUUUCUUUCCUUCUUUUUAAUCACUGUGAUUUUUUCCUUCUUUUCUUUUUCUUUUCUUUCUUUCUUUCUUUCUUUCUUUUGAAGCCUUUCAAGGUUCUUUCUGCUGACGUCAUUGCUUCUUUUCUUUCCUUCUUUCUUUCUUUCAUUCUUUUGAAGCUUUUCAAGGUUCUUUCUGCUGGCGUCAUUGCUUCUUUUUCUUUCCUUCUUUUUAAUCACUGUGAUUUUUUCCUUCUUAUCAUCAUUUCUUUUGUUUGUUUCUUUCUUUCUUUUGAAGCUUUUCAAGCUUUUCAAGGUUCUUUCUGCUGGCGUCAUCCUUCUUUUCUUUCCUUCUUUUUAAUCACUGUGUUUUUUUUCCUUCUUUUCUUUUUCUAUUCUUUCUUUCUUUCUUUCUUUCUUUUGAAGCCUUUCAAGGUUCUUUCUGCUGACGUCAUUGCUUCUUUUCUUUCAUUCUUUUUAAUCACUCUUUUCAAGGUUCUUUCUGCUGGCGUCAUUGCUUCUUUUUCUUUCCUUCUUUUUAAUCACUGUGAUUUUUUCCUUCUUUUCUUUUUCUAUUCUUUCUUUCUUUCUUUCUUUCUUUUGAAGCCUUUCAAGCCUUUCAAGGUUCUUUCUGCUGACGUCAUUGCUUCUUUUCUUUCCUUCUUUUUAAUCACUGUGAUUUUUUCCUUCUUUUCUUUUUCUAUUCUUUCUUUCUUUCUUUCUUUUGAAGCCUUUCAAGCUUUUCAAGGUUCUUUUUCUGCUGGCGUCAUUGCUUCUUUUCUUUCCUUCUUUUUUAAUCACUGUGAUUUUUCCUUCUUUUCUUUUUCUAUUCUUUCUUUCUUUCUUUCUUUUCUUUUGAAGCCUUUCAAGGUUCUUUCUGCUGACGUCAUUGCUUCUUUUCUUUCAUUCUUUUUUAAUCACUGUGAUUUUUUCCUUCUUAUCAUCUUUUCUUUUCUUUCUUUCUUUCUUUCUUUUGAAGCUUUUCAAGGUUCUUUCUGCUGGCGUCAUCGCUUCUUUUUCUUUCCUUCUUUUUAA